AUGAUGGAUAAGCUCUUCAUUCUCUGCCUUCUGGGUUUAUUAAUGAUAACUUCAAAUGGAGCUGCAGGGAAAAUGGUGUACGCUGACCUCGACAUCCUUGAGGAGCUUGAGAACUUUGACGUACCGGAAGAUGAUGACGAUGAUGCUCACGACUCAAAGCUCUUUGAUUUGCCGUCAUUCACAAGCCGGAGUUCUGGUAAGAAUCUGGUGAAUGUGGAGACGUUUGGUGCAGUUGGAGAUGGAGUUUCUGAUGAUACUCAGGCAUUUGUAAGCGCCUGGAGCAAGGCCUGCUCCACACCAAAAUCAGUGUUACUGGUUCCACAAGGCCGGACUUAUUUAGUAAAUGCAACAAAGUUCACUGGUCCAUGUGAACAAAAGUUGGUCAUUCAGAUCGACGGAACAAUAGUGGCACCAGACGAGCCUAGCAACUGGGACCCAAAGUUUCAAAGAAUUUGGCUCGAGUUUUCGAAACUCAAAGGGGUCGUGUUCCAAGGGAAUGGGGUUAUAGAUGGCUCUGGCAGCAAAUGGUGGGCUGCUUCUUGCAAGAAAAACAAGUCCAAUCCUUGUAAAAGUGCACCAACGGCACUAACUAUAGAAUCUAGCUCAGGUGUGAAAGUAAGUGGCUUGACGAUCCAAAACAGCCAGCAGAUGAAUUUCAUCAUCGCAAGAUCAGAUUCAGUUCGAGUCUCCAAAGUCUUGGUCUCUUCUCCAGGAGAUAGUCCCAACACCGAUGGUAUCCAUAUCACUGGAUCUACCAAUGUUGUCCUUCAAGACUGUAAAAUCGGCACAGGGGAUGAUUGUGUCUCGAUUGUGAAUGCAAGCUCGAAUAUAAAGAUGAAGAAGAUCUAUUGUGGACCUGGACAUGGAAUCAGCAUUGGAAGUCUUGGGAAUAAUAACUCGACAGGCAUUGUAACAAACGUUGUGUUGGACACUGCGUUCUUGAAAGAGACAACUAAUGGACUCAGAAUCAAAACAUAUCAGGGAGGUUCCGGUUACGUUCAAGGUGUUCGGUUCACAAACGUAGAGAUGCAUGAUGUCUCUAACCCGAUACUCAUUGAUCAGUUCUACUGCGAUAAUCCAACUUCCUGCCAAAACCAGACCUCGGCGGUUAAAAUCAGCCAGAUAAUGUACCGGAACAUAACCGGGACAACCAAAAGCGCAAAAGCCAUCAAAUUUGCUUGCAGCGACACAGUCCCUUGCAGCCACAUUGUGCUCAACAAUGUGAAUCUUGAAGGCAAAGACGGUCAAGUCGAAGCUUACUGUAACUCAGCCGAAGGUUUUGGGUAUGGAGUGAUUCAUCCGUCAGCUGAUUGUCUGUACUCGCACGACGACAAGGGCUGCUUGGACCAGAGUCACAAGCCAGGACCUGUUUUGGUAACCGAAGCCGAGACUGGCCAUGACGAGCUCUGA